GAGAGCGGAGGAGUCGUACAGUGAAAAGGGACGGUCGCGACAGUGGAGGUCUGUCUUGGCGCAAAGAUCUGAGCAAGUUUUCAGAAGGAGCCAACUUAUGAUUUUCUUCUCCGUCACUGAAACUGGUCCGACGAGGAACUAUAAUUAAAGGUCCGCCGGGCGGAACGGUGUCGAACCAAUGACUUGACAGAUCAGCGAGUGUGAAAGUGAAAGUGAAGUGAGCAGCAGGGGAAAACCAGCCUCUUCUACAUCAUCUUUUAUCCUGUGUGGCAUUACCUGAUAGAAGAGAGGAGAGGGAACAUCAUGGACAAGUUUUACUCUAUUUAUCUUAUUUCCCUGCUAGCCUUCACGUGCCUCUGUCAAGUUUGCAGCAGCAGCUGUCCGGUGUUGGAGUGCUGGUUUAUGCUGGACAAAGCAGGUGGAGGAGGAGGACUAACUGGAGCUCCAAAGCAGGAAAAAUCCCUCUUUUAUGUCCAAAGAGACGCACACAGCCACAGAGCAGAGUCUCAACGUGCUCCACCUGACAUCAACCCCGAAAGAAUCUACUCUGUCAGCGACCCAGCAGCCACUCUCUGCCACGACUCUCUCAACCCUCCCAGAGGCUCUGUGGAGAAGCCCCAGUGUGAGAUCAACUCCUUUGUGCCCCAGGCCGCCACCCUGAAGUGGACCGAACCGCUCACAGAGUCUGCAAUCAGCCCCGUUUACCUGCAGGCUGACUGGUUGUCAGUUUCCUAUCUGGGCCUUCAUUCACAGCUUGGUGGUGCCACGAUCCUGCGAGCACCCACAGGAUCCAAAGACACCAAUGUGGCCCUGAGCGUGAGCAGUAAAACUCUGUCGGUCACGUCCAGACUCGGGGAACCGGUGCUGUUGGACUGCGGCUUCUGGGCCGAUCCUUCCUCGCCUCUGUCCGGGACGGGUUUUGCGGUGGAGUGGCGGUACCAGUUCAGAGGCAGCGGACGGCUCGUGCUGGCCUACGACGGCAAGACGGACCGCGUGACCGAAACACGAGAGGGGGAAGCCACUCUGGACUUUGAGGCUUUGCAGCAGAAAGGAAAUGCGUCCCUGAUCCUGCGGGAGGCGGAAGUGCAGCACUCUGGGACAUAUAUCUGCACGGUGUAUCUGCCGUACCUGCUGGCUCAGGUGGCGGUGGAGCUGGAGAUCAUAGAACCCCCCUCCCUCUCCUUACAGCCCUCCCCUCUGGCCCUCGCUGUCCCCGGUCAGACGCUCAGCGUCCAGUGUGAGGCGUCUGGCUUCGCGCCGCUCUCCCUGGACCUGAGCUGGGAGUUUCAGGGUGCUGAUGGGAAGCGCAGGUCCCUGGGAUCAGGCGGUAUGACGGGCCACAGGCAGGCCUGGGACGGCACCUACAGCCAGAGCAGCCGGCUGGAGCUCCACACGUCCCAGCUGGACCUGGGCAGGGGAGGGGAGCUGAUCUGUGUGGCGCUCCAUCCUGGAGGCACGGCACGGGCCAGCGUGAGCCUCAGUGUCAUCGGGUUCACUUCUCCCUCCAUUGAGGACUCCAUGGCCAUGGUUGGCGUGGCGCUCGUGCUCUACGGCCUCAUCAAGGUUGUGUGGUGGAGUCUGAGCAGCUCAGGCUCAGCUGAUGCUGACAAACAAGAAAAGAAAGACAAGUGAAGAUGGGAAGUCAGCAAAUUGAAAACAACAUUUGAAUCUGUUGUAAGGAGCUUCAUCAGAGGCUGUCGGAGCGUCGAUGCUCAUUUUUUAUCUGCUCCUUCACAGUCAUCUUCAAAUGGACUUUUUUUUCCGCACACAUGCAGUGAAUAAUGAACUUCAGUCAGUCUUUUGUUCACUGGAUGUUUUCACAUCUUGAGGAUACUGUCAAAACUAGAUGCUGUUAGGGACUUUUUUCUUGCAAAGCUUUCUCCUCAAUGGAAAUCCAAAUCUUUUUGGGAGUGGUACUGUGCUUGCUUCCUUUCUCUCUUUACAGCUUGUUUUUUGUCACAAACACUGGAAAAGUGUGCUGAAUGUGAAGUAAUCCUUUAAACCAGCUUCACUUUGUUUCAUUAGAUCCUCGCUUCUGUUUCCAGGAGCCAGAUAUCUGUCAGAGUCUGAAUAGAAACAGCUCAAUCAAUAUAAAGUCUGGAUGGGAUAAAACAACUCAUUUGAUCUGCUUUAGCAACAACAAUAAAUCUCAUUUUGAUGUGUUUUUAAGUCCUGUUUUAUGUGUGUGUGUUUCAUCCGCUCUCAUUAGAAAUCAGGAUCUAGACUAAAGCAGCAUUCAACUUUGAUGCAAAAAGUUAAAAUGCUGGAGGGAACGUUCAAUAAAAGAAUACCAAUA